AUAGGAGAAUAAGAUAAGCCUACGAUAAAUGAUUUUCAUAUACUUAUUAAAUAUUCAAAGAAGCAUUACGAUAUGGGCACUACCAACGGCACACUUCUGCAGUUGGUAGUCUUCUGCAAGAGAAAGUCAUUUUAAUGAAGCAAUACAAUGCCGCAAGAGUCUUUCACAAAUAAACAUUAAAUUCAUAAAUUCUCAAAUAAAUACAAUAUAAUUGUAAAUAAUAGUAUUAGUUAAAACCCUCUACUAUGUUGCAUUUAUAUGUUCCAAGUAUAGGCCCUAUAUAUAGAUCAGAUUGCUCCAAUUUUAAAAACAGAAAAUGCUGAAAGACUCAUUACCUAAUGUUAUCUAGGUUAGGAAACCUUACUAGCAAUUACUAAGAAAAUAUUUUUUAGGAGAUUGAAUGCAUGACUGGGUUACUGUCAGGCUACAUCUAAACUAACAAUGAGAAGACAUUUCAUUCUUUCAUAAAUGUCUUUGAUUGUCCUUGAUUCAUUAUUAAUGUAUUAUUGUUUAUGCAGAAUUUAUUAUACUAUUUAUAAUGAUAGAAUUAGAUUGUAUUGGACAUUAAGCACAUUCAUUUCAGUUGACACAUUCAAGUUAAUUUGCAUCCUCUUUCUGCUUCAUUGUCUUUGUUAUAUGGGCCAUCGUUUGACUAAAGCUUCAAGAUAAACUAUCUAGGUGUCUUUAUGGUGAUAGGUGAAGGAUAUAAAUAUUUGGCUGACAGGCUGACAGAUAGUUGACAGAACUGGUGCACUCUGGCUGCAGUCAUUAUGAUGCUGUCCUGUCUUAUUUUGUCCCUGAUGCUUGCAGGUAUGCUUUCGUUUUCUAACCACAUUGACAGAAGCAUAAAUGUAUUCAUACUUUUUAGAGAAGGACCAAGCAAUGUUUGUUUUGUUUUGUAAUUUCUGUCUGGUUCGCUGCACAUUAUUUGGUUCAGGUGCAGCAUCAGAGAGUAAUAUUGAGAAGAGAAUCCUGGGCGGUUCAUCAUGUAAGACGGAGGGGAAAUACCAUGUGAAGGUGAGCUGGGACGAUGGCCAAUCCCCCUGUGGAGCUUCCCUGCUCAACACCAAUUGGCUCCUCACUGCCGCUCGUUGCGGAAAACGCAAAUUGAAAUUCUACGGCGAGAAAAAUGAUAUUAUGCUCAUUAAACUAAACAAAGCAGUAAAGGCCAAAUACGCCAUAGAGCUUCCUCCCGGUGAGGCUAGCGCAGAGGAGGCUGCCCCUGAGGAGGCUGCCCCCGAGGAGGCUGCCGACGAGGAGGCUGCCCCAGAGGAGGCUGCCGACGAGGAGGCUGCUCAGGGAGUCUCUACUCCUCCCGUGAAGCAAUGCACUGGCCCCAGCCUGCGUCAGACGGUUCAGAUCGGAGGCUGGAGAGACGAUGUUGGCAAACCAAAACAUCGUUGUGCGAAGACUAAGAUAACCAAAUGUGAGGCUAAAGACAAAAAGCGAGGGAAGCAUGCAACAACCCUUAUGUGUGCUCACAGCGCUGGUGUCCAGUCAUGCGAGGGUGAUGCAGGCUCGGCGAUGGUGUACGACAAUAAACUGUAUGGUAUCAUCGUCAACAAACGUAGGAACGAUUGUACCAACGUAUCGGAGAUUCUUGAUAUCUGCUUCUACCUGGACUGGAUUACCAAAACCAUGCGAGAAAAUCCGUAAUUGAGCUGUAAAAGUCUUAGAUCCAAUGAGAUACUCAAGACAUAAUAAAAUUGUGUCUCCUUAUGAAUUUCCAUGUGUUCAUUUUAAGUAAGUCAAGUAAGUUGUGGCAUUCAACUGUUUUUAUAAAAUAUUUACAAUGGGUUUUUGGGUAGUUGAAAUUACAACAAAAAAGGUUUUAUUUUCACAAAUAUCGGAAAUCCAAACAUAUCUUCAGCAGGUUUAUUUCUCUAAAGUAUCACAUCAGUUAUUUAUACACAAUAAAAAAAAUCUUGGACUGUCCUAGUUUUACAGGACAAAGUAAAUACUGAAGAACGUAGACCUAGCUGGACUAGGCUUUGUGCUCAAUAUUAGCUUAAUUUGCCCCAAACCCCAAUUGUGUAUCCAACCUAAAAUAAAAACAAAAACAGUGACUUGAUUCUAUACGUAACCUUAUACACUUUAGUCUCAAAAUACAAACCACACUUUAGUCUCAAAACAACACACCUUUGCAUGAAACACACUAAACAUGCUUUCACCAAAGAAAAUUUGAACAAAAACAUGCGCACAUACAAACAGACA